AUGGAAUUUGAAGAGGAUUUGAUCGACGAUAGCAUCCAGGAUGACGAGGCAGGGGAUGAUCAGGAAAUGGUUGAGGAUAUCUUCGGUAUUGACAUGGUCAUGGAAGACGACACCGAUUCCGAACAUGGUGAGGAGGAGGAGGAGGAAAUCGACGACGACGACCCUAUCCCAACAUUUGACAGGUCAGAGGAACAUAAUCUGUCAAGAGAUAAAAAGUUCAUCGUCAGUGAGAGUAAGCUGCUACAACUGAUACAAAACCAACGAUGUCAUUGUGGUGAAUCCAUUAAUCCUGGUUCUGUUGGACAUCCACACAGAUGGGUCUCUACAGAAUUUUAUGGCGGCAAGAGUGCAAUCCAGAUCAUGUUACAGAUGGCUGUACUACUUUCAGGGCUGACAUGGUUCCCAUUUGCUCAGGCAUUUCAAUUUGCAAAUAUUGCAAUUGGCUCAGCAUCAAACUUUUUUCGAUACCAGAGAAUAUACAGAAACUGUAUUUCAAACUGUUAUCGUACAAAAAUGAGAGGAAUGCUUGACAAGUAUAGGGACAGGAGCGUAUGUGUUGCUAUUGACGUCAGAUAUGAUACGCCAGGUUUUUCUGCCAAUAAAGCAACUGCCAUAUUCAUGGAGUACAUAAGCGGGGAUAUAAUCCAUAUGGAAAUAGGGGAUUCAAGGGAAGUUGGCAGAAAUUCCAACAAACUGGAAUCUUUCAUCAUUUCCAGAGGAAUGGCCUAUCUCCAGACGAAUGGUUUGAAUGUGGUAGAGGUGGUGACCGAUGCUAGUAGAGCGAUUAUAUCUUUAUUUGAACAAUCCAAAUAUGGGAACAUCAGCCAUAGCCUCGAUGUUUGGCAUAAAGCUAAGAAAAUAUUACAGGUAUUGGGAGAGGCUGGCAGGAAAAGGGCAAGAAAUGGUUGA